CAUCCAGAGAAAGUGCUGCUGUGGGCAGGACGCACUGAAAGUUCUAGCCACGGGACAGAACCCGACUAUUUGGCCAGGCAGAUGAAUGAUCAAUGAGCGUUUCUCUCGAAAGGUCACUUUUUACUGUUUCAUCAUUUGAAAUUGCGAAUCACCGGUGAAACGCGAUGGCUGAAGCCCGGCGCGAGGAGGAGAAAGAGGGGGAGCGCAGAGAUCUGCGGGACAGAAGUCAGACAGCAGAUCGUCCUGAAAGAACCAAGGCAGAACAUUUACAUUCCUGUCAAGGGCCUCUGUCUUCUAUAAGAGCUGCGAUCAAGCGAACAAGAAGCAGCCCUCAGAGCGACAGCACCAGAGACAGGCGGCGACCAGAGAUCACUAUCGUCUCCGCUGAACCUCUGGUCAGCAACAACUGGUUCUCAGGAUCCACUGUGGUUUUCCCUCCUCCUCAGCCUGGCUGGUCUGCAGACGUUGAGGCCGUCUCCAAGCCUCCACCGUCCUAUGACCAGGUGAUUAAAGAGAAGACCCAGGAGGAAAAUACAGUUAAGCCCACUGCAGCCCCCCGCCGGAAAACCUGCACGGCCUCGAGCGGCACACAGACCGACCCUGUGAGGGAGCACGCUGCUGCCCAGAGAAACUCUGCCGGUAAAAAGCCACAGAAGCCACCGAGACCCUCACUGCCGAAACCCGCGGAAAGAAAGCUCACACCUGAAGCAGACGGGGAGUUUGAUGCAACAACAUCCACAAACGGCGAUGGCCAAAGUGACUCUAAUUUGGAUGUAAAGCAACUUGAAAAGGCAGACCAGUCCACUCACACGUGCACCAGAUCUGUCACUGUACACUGGGAUAUUCUCACAACUCCUUGUCCUGUCUCUGCCGUUUCCACUGACCCUACCCCCUCCCCGCGACGCCCCGUUCCACGCCCUCGAUCAAAAUCCCGGAAGCAAGCAGCCGAAGAGGAAACCAAAGUUCAAAUUCUGGUUAAGCUCAGCGAAAACUGUGAGGAUAUUCAAUCUGAUCCACAGGAAGAAGUCUCGUCGAAUAAGUAUUUACAGGAGUUACUGGAGGUCUUCGGUGCCGAUAACGAGCUCGAGGACAACAGUGACGUUAUCAACCAAUCAGACGAGGAUUUGCAGGAUGAUGCUGAUGCUGACGAGAUGAGCGACAGCCACAGCCAACGUAAUAUCCGGGCCAGGAUCCAGGCCUUCGAGACCCAAGUCCCCACAGAGGAGGGAAAUGCAUUUGACCCGGCCAGAACUGCCCCCCCGACCAGGAAGCCCUCCAUCAAACCCCCAGUCGCCGCUAAGCCUUCCGUGGCUCUUAAACCUCAACUUAGCUACAGCACAGAUGACUACCAAAACAUAUCAUCCGCUAACACCCCCCAAGCUCCUAAACCAGCCCCUAGACCCCAGUCCUUCAAGAAACCUGCGGGGCUGUCGAUAAAGGAGGAGCUGGAGACUUUGCACAGCAAGGGGGGUGCCCUACAGAGAUCACGUCCAUCUGUGCUGACCAGAGCCAACACCGUCUAUGAGGACGAAGUAUCCCCAGUUCCACCUCUUCCUCCAGCGAAACCACACAAGGAACCACUUAAACCCAACCUGAACAUCAACAACCACAACUCAGCCUCCAUGGUCAGAGACAUCCAGUAUGCAGACACUCCAUCAUUUCCAGUCCCGGUGAAACCUCAGGUCAGCGUGGACAGCAACGGGGCCUCGUUCAACAGACAGAGUGUGACUAAAAGACCGACCACCAUCCGAGUACCCAGCAAAACCGACUUAGUAGCAGAUAGCUUUCAGGACCGCCCUCCCCCUCUGCCAAUUCAGAAGCCUGUGGGCGCUCUAAACACCUCAUUGAACCAAAAACAAACCCUGACACACGCUGUCUCCUUGCAGGAAUCUUUCAGUGCUAGUCCUCUGCCAUCGCUACCACCUCGGAAGCCAAGUGUGAACAGAUCCCUCCCACCUCGCCCACCUCCAGCCAAACCAGGCCCUGGGAGGCCUCCCCCGCCGAGCCUUCAGGCCAUAGGUCGAUCUCAAACGGUGCCAACCACCAAUUCGCCCAGACCCAAGCCCCAGAGGAAAGGGCUCGUCUUACCUCCAAGGCCCAAUCCAGGCCACCGUCUCUACAACAAAUACACUCUUCAGCUUCCCCACGGGAUUGCAGCCUUUGACUAUAACGGCAGCAAUGCAGGAGAACUUUCGUUCCAGAAAAAUGAGGUGCUCCUACUGCUGAAAGAGAUCAACCACAAUGAGUUCGAGUGCCAAGCUGGAGAAACCAAAGGCCGAGUCCACAAGUCUCGCAUGCAAAUCAUAACUCCUCUGGACUCGUACGACUCUCCACCUGAGGGUGCCGGUACGCCUGCUUGGGGUGGUGAUGAUGGUGGGCUAAAGGUAAAGGCUAUGCAUGACUUCUUUCCAGAGCAGCCAGGAGAACUGUCUCUGAGAGCGGGGGAUGUAGUGACCAUGGUGGAGCAGGUGAACAAUGAGUGGUACAGAGGCACCUGUAAGGGAUCUACUGGCUUCUUUCCCGUGAAUUAUGUCAAAGUCCUGCCAAAUUCACCAAAACCCCUCCCUGAACGGAUAGUAAAGCCACCACCCGCAUCAGUCAGUGGGCCGAGGUGUGUGGCAAGGUUCGACUUUGAUGGGGAGCACAGUGACGAGCUGACGUUCUGCGAGGGGGAUGUGAUCAAGCUGACGGAGUACGUGGGGCAGGAGUGGGCGCGCGGAGAGGUCGGCGGCCACGUCGGCAUCUUCCCGCUUAACUUCGUUGAAAUCGUCGAAGACCUGCCUCCACCCCCGAGUCAGCCGCAGUCUGCCAGGGUAGCACUGCCUGGCAUGGCCGCUGCUUCUCACAGUAUGACCCCCGAGGCUGCCAAUCCUGCCCAGGCGUCUCAGUCCAACACGGAGUGGGUGGUGGCCCUGUAUGACUACGCCGGGCAGUCAGAGGACGACUUGUCUUUCCAACAGGGUGACACUAUCCUGAUCACGCAGCACAUCGACCAAGACUGGAGCAGAGGAAGGCUCAACGGCAGAGAGGGCUUCUUGCCCCGGGCGUUUGUUGAGGCCUCAGGCCAGCAGUUUAACAACCAGCAGAAUGGAGCUGCCAACAGUUUGAGAGCAGAGGCUCUGUACAACUUCACAUCAGACUGCGAUGAGGAGCUCUCUCUAAAGAUUGGCGACAUAAUAACAAAUCUGGAAUCCAUGGAUGAUGAAUGGUUUUUGGGGGAUUUGAGGGAAAGACGAGGCCUGGUCCCUAAAAACUAUGUGAAAGUACUGGGAUAAAGGAUAUGGCCUGAACUACUGAGAUCAAGGGACAUGUUUUCAGCACUGGAAGCCAGAAGUGAACUGCCUUAAACUCCUAAGCAGUGUUAAUCUCCAAGUAGUGCAACAUUACCUUGAAAUGUUUACUGAAUAUUUGUCAUUGCUUUAAAUAAAGAUUGUUGGCACUGUUGGUGCAUUUGCACCAUCUAGUGGUUUGUUUCA